CGGAAACACCGAGUUGUGGGUCUGGGCCGCCGCUGGUUUCCCCGGCUCAGGCUCGGAGGAGCCGGCCGCCAUGGCGUCGGAGGGGCCGCGGGAGUCCGAAGGCGAGGACAGCGUCAAGCUAUCAGCAGAUGUGAAACCAUUUGUCCCCAAAUUUGCUGGGCUCACUGCGGCAUGGUCAGAGUCCUCAGAAGCUUGUGUCUUCCCUAGCUGCGCAGCCACGUACUACCCAUUUGUGCAGGAACCACCUGUCACUGAACAGAAAAUGUAUACUGAAGAUUUGGCCUUUGGAACUUCAACAUUUCCACCCCAGUAUUUAUCUUCUGAGCUAACUCUCCAUCCAUACGCCUAUUCUCCUUACACCCUUGAGCCUGCGCAGAAUGUUUGCGCAGUGCCUGCCUCCCGUUAUGAUUACAGUCGACCUAAUUGCUACCGAGGUUUUCAGUCAGAGAAGCCCAGAAAUGAGCACAUGUGCUCUCUCCCACAGGAAACAAAAGUGUUUAAGAAAAAAUCCUAUGAUGAGAGAAAAACAUAUGAUGAGCAAAAGUUUAACAAUAAAAGGACUGACAGUGUAUCAUCUGAGUUAAAGUCAACUAAAGGUUCACAUCUGUCCAUUCAUGCUGAAAAUAGUUUGAAAUCAGAUGGUUAUCAUAAACGAACAGACAGGAAAUCCAGAAUGAAUGCAAAAAAUACUUCUACCUCCAAACCGGAGUUUGAAUUUAGCAGACUGGAUUUUCCUGAAUUGCAGGGUCCUGAGAACAACAGUGUGUCAGAGAUACAAAAGCAAACCAGGUGGGGACCUCUCCGCUCUGCCACAACUGACAUUUCCCAUGUAGGAGAAGUACGAAAACCAGAUGCAGCAGUAUCAGAGGGUGAAGUAGUGGUGAAAAACAAUCCAGACAAACCUGUAACUGCUGCUGCUACGAAUUCCCCUUCAUGCGCAGGAGAGUUAUCUUGGACACCAAUGGGUUACAUUGUUCGGCAGACACUAUCUUCAGAGCCAUCAUCAGCUCCUAAAAAUGCUGCUUCCAUGAUGAACCUGAAGACAGUUGCUUCAUCAACAGAUCCUAAAAAUGUUAGUAUGACAUCUGAAGUUUUAUCUUCAGAUCCUUCCUACAACAAAGAGAAACAUAAUCAUCCUGCUAAAAAGUCUAAAGCAUCACAAGGUGAUGACCUUGAAAAGAAAGAAGCUUCCAGAAAGAAUAAGAAAAAGAAAGAAAAGUCUAAAUCAAACUAUGAAAUCUUGACAGUUCAAGAGCCACCGAGGAUUGAAGAUGCUGAAGAAUUUCCCAACCUGACAGUUGCAUCUGAAAGAAGAGACAAAGUAGAGACAUUGAAAUUUCAGUCUAAACAGCAGCCACAGAAUAAUUUUAAAAACAGUGGAAAGAAGAGCCAGAUUCCAGUGCAGUUGGAUUUAGGGGGCAUGUUGGCAGCACUGGAAAAGAAACAGCAUGCCCAGAAUGCCAAGCAGUCCUCCAGACCAGUUGUGUUCUCAGUUGGAGCUGUGCCAGUCCUUUCCAAAGGAGCUACCUCGGGGGAGAGAAACCACCGCUUCAAUCAGGUGAAGACUCCGCACAACCCUCUAGAUUCUAGUGCCCCCUUGAUGAAGAAGGGGAAGCAGAGGGAGGUCCCCAAGGCCAAGAAGCCCACCUCACUGAAGAAGAUUAUUUUGAAAGAACGACAAGAGAGAAAACAGCAGCGACUCCAAGAAAAUGCUGGGAGCCCAGCUGUGGCCAAUGAUGAUGCCCAAGAUUCAGAGAAUGGUGCAGAUGACCGGGCCCCUGACCUGGCAGAGCCCACAGAUCCUGUGGUGACAGAAGAAGAAUCGGUCUCCUCCUCUCCUGUGGCUGAGGGCAAGUCAGAAGAGCCAUCAUUUGACACAGAGCUCCAGCGGGACACAGUGGCCUGCCAGCCCAUCUGUGAUUCCAGCACCCUCCCCAAGAUCCACAGCCGGAGAUUUCGGGAUUACUGCAGCCAGAUGCUCAGUAAAGAAGUAGAUGCUUGUGUCACAGACCUACUCAAGGAACUUGUCCGUUUCCAAGAUCGUAUGUACCAGAAGGAUCCAGUCAAGGCCAAGACCAAGCGCCGGCUUGUACUGGGGUUGAGGGAAGUUCUUAAACACCUAAAGCUCAGGAAACUGAAAUGCAUCAUAAUUUCUCCCAACUGUGAGAAGAUACAGUCAAAAGGUGGGCUGGAUGACACCCUUCACACCAUUAUCGAUUAUGCCUGUGAGCAGAACAUCCCCUUUGUGUUCGCUCUCAACCGCAAGGCUCUAGGGCGGAGUCUGAACAAAGCAGUUCCUGUCAGUGUUGUGGGGAUCUUCAGCUACGAUGGAGCCCAGGACCAGUUUCACAAGAUGGUUGAGCUGACGAUGGCAGCCCGGCAGGCAUACAAGACCAUGCUGGAGAACAUGCGGCAGGAGCUGGCCGGACAACCUGGGCCUCCGCCUGCAGCUAGCCUGCCCACAGAGAGUCCUGGUUGUGCUGCUGUAGAUAGUCACCUGGCUCCCACUGGACAGGAACCACACUACCUUGAAAUCUGGAGGAAACAUCUGGAAGCAUACAGUCAGUGUGCCCUGGAGCUAGAAGAAUCGUUGGAGACUUCAACCUCUCACUUGAUGAACUUGAAUUUAUAAGAGGAGAGUUCUUUCCUGUGUGUGUAUGUGUGUGUGUAUUUUGGGCAAAGAGGGUGGAGACUUGGAAAAGACUUUGGGCUUUACCUUCUCAGAUCUUCAGUUGGAAGUUACUUGGCCUGAGAAGGCACAGGAAGCAAUGAUUGUAGGGCUCUCAAAGCCACAAAUCUCAUCAAACCAAUACUUAGAUACACUGGUAGAAGGCUUUCCCAAGAGUGGUUAUUCAGCUUGGGCCUUUAAAGCAUAAUGUGGAUCAGGAAAAUACAGUCCUGGGCUACCAAGGAAACCUCUCCAUUGCAGCAAAGCUGAGCCAAACAAGGGAGUAUGCAGGAAGCCGGAGUGUGUACCUGUCUCUUGUCCCCUGUCCUCCUACUCCUGGAGACACUGGUGUCUAAGCAAAUGGACAGCAACGGAAAGGGCCUUUUCUUUAGAGCUCUGCAACUUAAUGAUAUGUUAGAAUGAACCUCAGAAGGAAAACAAGUUUGUAACCUGUGACUCUGACAUGAAUUACUACUUUUAGUCUUUAUUUUCCAAAAAGGUGAUGUGUAUUGAGGUUUCUAUAUUUCAGUUUGAUAAUUUACAAAUCUUCUUUAAAUGAACAUAUUCUAAAUGUGGUUGCUGUCUUAGAGGCCAGGAGGACAGAGCAUUCCUAUUUUUUCCCUGCCAGUAAGAGGGCUUAUUUAUUUUGAAUAAAGAGUGAUUAUUUAAUUUUCUUUUA